AUCGGAAUGCUGAGGCGGUGGUUGAGUAGUUCGGCGACGGCGGCUGUGGAGAAGCAGCGCUUGCCGCUGGAAGGUAUCCGAGUGGUCGAAUGCGGCCACUUGAUCGCUGGUCCGUUUGCGGGCACGAUCUUGGGGUACUUUGGGGCUGAAGUGAUCAAAAUCGAGCCGAAAACUGGCGACCAAGUGCGGGAGUACCGCAUGGUGGACGACGAGCAUCGCACGUCGCUGUGGUGGUAUUCCAUCGGUCGCAACAAGCACAGCGUGUCUGUGGACCUCAAGAGCGAGAAAGGCCAGGCCAUUGUCAAGCGACUCGUGGACAAGAGCGACGUCGUCAUCGAGAACUUUCGCCCAGGCAAGAUGGAGCAGUGGGGCCUCGGUCCCAAAGAGUUUGAAGCGACCAACCCAGGCUUGAUCUAUUCCCGCAUCAGUGGAUAUGGGCAGACAGGGCCCAAUAAAGGCAAGCCGGGGUUUGCAAGCGUCUGCGAAGCCUUUGGCGGGUUCCGAUACGUCAAUGGGUUCCCCGACCGACCGAGCGCGCGGCCUAAUUUGAGCCUGGGAGACACCAUGGCGGGGCUGCAUGCGGCGCUUGGCAUCACGAUGGCGCUGCUGGGAAAGGUCCGGCAUGUUGGCGGCACGGGGCAAGUGGUGGACGUGGCCAUCUACGAAAGCAUGUUCAACGUACUGGAAGCAAUUGUGCCCGAGUAUUCGUACAACGGAACGAUCCGGGAAUGUUCUGGGUCCACGAUCACAGGCAUCGUGCCAUCCAACACGUACCAUACACUCGACAACAAGCAAGUGGUCAUUGGCGCCAACAUGGACUCGCUAUAUCUCAAGAUGAUGGACUUGAUUGGCAAGCCCGGACUCAAGGCGCACAACACGAACGCCAUGCGCGUGGUACAUCAGCAAGCAAUAGACGACGCCAUCGGGAGCUGGACCAAAACGCUACCUCUCGCAGAGAUUGUUCGUCAACUGGACGCGGCCGCCAUCCCCGUGGGACCCAUCAAUUCAGUGGCCGACAUGGCAAACGAUGAGCAUUUUGCACACCGUCACAUGUUUGAAGACGUGGUCGUCCCGGGGUAUUCGAAGCCACUGAGCCUUCCGUCGAUCAGCCCCAAGCUCCAGUCGACCCCCGGACAGACCAAGUGGCCAGGGCAACCGCUGGGCAGCGGCACGCGCCACGUCCUCACGACAGUGCUCGGGCUCUCGGCGGCGCAAGUGGACGCUUUGGUCACUGAUCAAGUUGUGUUUGAACAGCAAACAACGACGAAGUAGUCAUCGAAUCUGUCGUUGUAACUCGUUCCAAUGGAUAUAUAUAAUGAGUACAGCAUGUUCACUGAGC